AUGGGGGUAAAAGAAAGAAAGUUAGUUAUUGAUUGUCCUACUAGAUGGAACUCAACUUGUGAAAUGUUAUCUACUGCUUUAAUAUUCAAAGAUGUAUUUCCGGAAUACAAGGAAAGGGAACCAUAUUAUAAUUACCUGCCAUCUGCAGAAGAAUGGAGCAAAGUUGAUAAGGUCUGUAAUCUUUUGGAGGUUUUUAGUCAUGUUACUAAUGUCAUAUCAGGUAGUGACUAUCCCACUGCCAAUUUAUAUCUCCCUGAAGUUUAUAGGGUUAAAGAAGUAAUUGAUGCUGCAAUUGAAGAUAAUGAUGAUUUUAUGAGAUCAAUGGCAAGGCCAAUGAAAGUAAAAUUUGACAAGUAUUGGGGGGAGUGCAACCUACUGAUGGCGAUUGCUAGUGUUCUUGACCCAAGGUGCAAACUGCAUGUGGUAAAUAUUUGCUUCCCAAUUAUAUACAAAUCAGAAGUUGAGGCAAAAGAAAAUGUUGAAAAAGUGAAGCAAGCUUUAGAAGAUUUGUAUAAUGAGUAUUGUGCUUUAGGUUUGCAAGAGCCAGUCUCUAAUAGUGAGCUAGAAACUAGUGUGAACCAAUCAUCCUUGUCUUCCACUCUCCCACCUCAAGGUCCUAAAUCUGGAUUUUCUAAAAUCAUGAGCAUUGUGCGUGAAAAAGAAAUUGUUCCCCCAGUAAAAUCAGAGUUAAAAAGUUAUCUUGAAGAAGGGAUUUAUAUUUGUGAUGAAAAAUUUCACAUUUCCUUUAAUGCCUUGGAAUGGUGGAAGACCAACAGCUUGAAAUACAGAAUUUUAUCAAAGAUGGCAAGAGAUAUAUUAGCUGUUCCAAUUUCUACAGUAGCAUCUGAGUCCACAUUUAGUGCUGGUGGAAGAGUAAUUGAUGCCUAUCGUGCUAGUUUAAGCGAAGAGACUAUUCAAGCAUUAGUUUGUGGCGGAGAUUGGCUACGAAACAAGUAUGAUUUGAAGAAAAAAAAAUAA